CAUAAAAGGCCACUAAAUCGAUAACCCCGAUCACAUAUAUUAUUACUUGUUGUGAGACUAUCUUAUACAAGACUCCGCCUAUUAGAGGUUACAACACAAUAAAUCAAAAUAUUGCCUGUUUGUUUGUUUUGGUAACCUCUUUUUUUGGGUGGGUUGGUUACUUAAAUAUAAGCUUCCUUUCCUUCCUCCUUUUUUUUUUUUUUUUUUUUUUAUCUAAUUAGGUGGUUGAAAAGCUAAAAGAGAGGUGCAAUAAAGCAAAGGAUAAGCCCUAUCUUGCAAUGUAUUCCAGCAUCUUUGGUGGUAUUGUUCUUGAUCCUAUGAUGAUGAUGAUACCUAUAGAUGAUCAUAUGGUGCAUCGAGGUCAUGGUGUAUUUGAUACUGCCAUUAUAUUCAAUGGGUUCCUUUAUGAACUGGACGCCCAUUUAGAGCGGUUUCAAAGGUCAGCGUCACUAGCAAAAAUAUCACCUCCGUUUUCUGGAUCAGCAUUUCGGAGCAUUCUCAUCCAACUGACAGAAAAAUCAAAGUGCAAGAAUGGAACACUUCGUUACUGGCUUAGUGCAGGUUCAGGGAAUUUCUCACUUUCACCUUCAGAUUGUCCUACACCAGCUUUAUAUGCCAUAGUUAUCAAACAUGACAUGUCACAAUGGAAAGAAGGCGUCAAAGUCAUAACGUCCUCUAUCCCCAUGAAAACACCACUGUUUGCCACAAUGAAGAAUGUUAACUACCUUCCCAACGUCCUUGCACAGAUGGAAGCCGAAGAGAAGGGAGCAUUUGCCUCCAUAUGGGUUGAUGAUGAGGGUUAUAUUGCAGAAGGUCCAAAUAUGAAUGUUGCUUUUGUAAACCAAGACACAGAGUUGGUUAUCCCAAAAUUUGACAAGAUCCUCGCUGGAUGUACUGAGAACAGGCUUCUAGAACUUGCACCCAAGUUGGUUGAGCAGGGUCGUCUCAAGGCUGUCAAAACAGCUCAUAUUUCAGUUGAGGAAGCAAAAGCUGCUGCUGAAAUGAUGUUUGUGGGAAGCUCACUUCCUGUUGCACCCAUAAUCAUGUGGGAUGAUAAGCCCAUAGGAAACGGAAAGGUAGGGAAACUGACUCUUGCACUCUCCGAUCUUCUCUGGAAUGACAUGGCUGCAGGACCUGAAACACAUAGGAUCCGGGUUACAUACGAAUAACAACUUUAGCAUCUAUCGUACUUUCAUUACCAUUUAGCCUGCUCUUAUGGUUGCUUCAAUAAAGGUUACAAGGUUCUUAUUCCUACUUAUCACAAGGCUUAAUGCAUCAAUGUUAUCCAAUAAGCAUUAUCAAUAUAUACUUCUUGGCUUGGCUUUUGUACAAUGCCUACA